AUGUACAAGAUAGAUGGCGACGGCCUGCCUAACGCAGCGUGCGAAACGUUUGACGAGUUGGUGCUGAGGUGGAUGGACACAGUGCAGGGUCUUUGCAAAGAGGACCGCCUCCGUGUGUUGCGGCGCACACAUGAAUCCUUGGUGGGGCGGACCGAUUCCGACAAAACACGAGCUGUGGUGAAAGCAGGCGCGGCACUAAGAGCUGCAGAGGCGCUUACGGACCCCCGCAUGCUUCGGCAGAUAGCCGUUUCUAUUUCAAAAGGAUGUACCGCUGCUGCGACGGAGGGGUAUUUGGCACCUUGCUGUAUGCUAACAAUGCGAAUUGGGUCUUGUGUGGUGCAGCGGCUCACCUCCGUGGGGGAAAUUUCAUCAGCACUUGCUGCGCAGAACAUGGCCGCGAGCAAACAGUGGGGCAUCGUUAGUGAAUCCCAGGCAUGGGUACUUGAUUGUGGUGAAAGAACCUGUCUUUGCGUGUGGACAGUGUUUGCAACCGAAGGUGGGGUUGGGAGAGUUACAUUUCACGACGAACACCUGUUUGAUGCGUGUGCUCGUGUUACCCUCAUUGAACGAACGCUGCUGGUCGAUUGCAUAGCCGCUGACGAUGAGGUACAGACCGUACUGCCGUUGUGCACUUCGUAG